AUGAUGGAAUAUGCAAAAACGCGCAAAGGGCCGCUGCCUGGAGGUCGCCAGGGCGCGUCUGGAGCUGGCGCUGGACGCGACAGCAUGCGAACCGCCAGCCGAGCGAGAGGUGCUGCACGACCACCCAUCAGCCCCUCGCAUCCAUCAUCCCCACCAGCUGGCUUGGUGUCGGCAGGGUCUUCGCGGGCCCAGCAAUCGGCACCCGCCACUGGUGGAGUACGCCGCAUACGAUGGACAACCGAAAUGAAUAGUAACGCAUUGUGGGUGUAUUUUAGGGCGAAAGGGGGAGAGGCUGGAGGUUUGGCGUAUCGGGCUAGGAUGCAUCGUCUUUUUGCUGAGCUGGAGCCAUCUUUAACCGUCUCAGAGCAAAACCUGGUAGACCGGGUUCGGUAUAUCUUGCGCUCAAAUAUAUUUGAUGUCGCCGAACUCGAACGGCUACGACGUGAGGCUGUUCCCUCAUCGGAUGAAAAUGCUACGGCCGAGGAUGCGGCGCCACAAAUUGCAGAGCAACCCGCAAACGUGAAUGCCGCCGUGAAUACCCCAGUUGUGGUUGAUUCAAACGAUGAUGGAACUGUCGUCCAGGAACUGGAAUUAGAGCAUAUGAGGAGUACAUUGGAAGAGGCGAUUGUGGAAACGCGCAGUAUGCCUCUCGAAAAUCGACCGCGACUUCCCCGCAUUGCCCUAAGCAAGCGGAAUCGGGCUGUCGUGAGGGCUCUGAACCCAAUGCUGGUGACCUAUUUGGAAGCCAGCCGGGACCUUUGCGAGACGGACUCAACUCUUUUUGGCGCCGCACUGGCAGUGUGCCGUAUUAUAGGUGCCAAACUUUCCACGGCUGGACGCGCUACUGGACAAAGUAGCGCUAUCCCAGCCCGGAGAAUAAGAAUUGAAGAACGUAUCGCAAAGGCUAGGGCCCUCAUCGGCAGACUGAUAUGCUUCAGGUCAAGCAACAACAGGCCAAGGAUUGUGCGCACCGUCAGGAUGGUGCUUGCUGGGACAAAUGUUAGUUUGUCCCAGCCGGAUAUAAUGCAAAAACUGACGGAGCGCAUAUACGACCUGAAGCAGAGAAUCGCUGCUUGGGGAAAGCGGAUUUGGCGAUAUACCGAGAGGUCGACACGGUUUCACCAGAAUCGUCUCUUCCAGAGUGAUCAGAAGAGGCUCUAUAAAUCGUUGGAGCGACCAAUGUAA